CAGCACAGCUUCCACCGACAAUGAUAUUCAAAGCACUUGCGGCUCGUCUGCGGCGGUAGGAGAAAAGAGGAGAGAAAGAGAGGACCUCACCUCCUCAAGCAGCGAGUGAGGUAGGGAAAAAAAAGACAGAAAGCGGCAGAGAGAGAGAGUGAGCGAGAGGAAGAGGGGAGGCUGUGGAGUAAAAGGAAAGACACCGGCGACUUGGACCUCCAGCGAGGAGUGUUGAAUUGUCUGCGCUUUAUUGUAAAGUGUCUAAUUUCCACACAGAUUCGACAUGUCAUCGUCCGGUAAAGACAACAGCGGUGCCCAACAUGCCAAUUACGUGGGACCUUACCGUUUGGAGAAGACGCUCGGGAAAGGACAGACAGGGUUGGUAAAGCUGGGAAUCCACUGUGUAACAUGCCAGAAAGUCGCUAUAAAGAUUGUCAACCGUGAGAAACUCAGUGAGUCAGUACUAAUGAAGGUGGAGCGAGAAAUAGCUAUUCUGAAGCUAAUAGAACACCCGCACGUUUUAAAGCUACAUGAUGUCUACGAAAAUAAAAAAUACUUGUACCUUGUGCUAGAACAUGUGUCUGGUGGUGAGCUGUUUGACUACUUGGUGAAGAAAGGCAGGUUAACACCUAAGGAGGCCCGGAAAUUCUUCAGACAGAUCAUGUCUGCCCUGGAUUUUUGCCACAGUCAUUCCAUAUGCCACAGGGAUCUGAAGCCUGAGAACCUGUUGCUAGAUGAAAAGAACAACAUCAGGAUAGCAGAUUUCGGCAUGGCCUCCCUUCAGGUUGGAGACAGUCUGCUGGAAACCAGCUGCGGAUCUCCACACUACGCAUGUCCAGAGGUCAUCAGGGGAGAGAAGUAUGACGGGAGGAAAGCAGACGUCUGGAGCUGUGGGGUCAUUCUAUUUGCUCUGUUGGUGGGGCCCUACCCUUUUGAUGAUGAACCUGAGGAAUUGCUGGAAGGUUAAGUUGGGGUGUUUCAAGCCCAAAAUUUUUAUCCCUCCAGAUGUCA